AUGGCCGAUAAUUUGCUACAAGGGCUUCAGGCGGCUGCAAAUGCGACAUCACAGGCAGGGGUGAGUUUCUUGCUAACCAUUUUUCUUCUGAACGGUUCGGUUGGCGUUCGAACAUCAUAUAGCAAUGCAAUCGUGUACAGAUUAUAUAUUGUCAUUAACAUUAUUCUUAUUAAUUUUUUUGGCCAAUAACGAUAGGCCCUGCAAUAUUUUGAACAGCUAAAGAAUUCCCCAGACGGCUGGAAGCUAUGUGGUGAUGCCCUAAUUCGAAAUCUUUACAGGUAAUUGAAUUUUGAUCUUGAAGUUGUGUUACCUUGGUAUUAAGUCGUUAACGUUUUGGGCCUCAUUGAGCAUUAUUUCAGAACUUGAUUAAAAAGAUGCAUUGUUUGAUAUAAUUUAUAUUCAUUUUAUGUUAUCAUUCAUCAGGGGCACCCAACGACAAUUUUCGGAAAAAUAUCUGUUCGGAAGACGAUUUGAGAACUAGAAUUUUCGGAACAUUUGUUGUAAAAUUUCUUCCUUGCCUGCUUCUCCUAGGAUUUUCGAACUUCUAAAAAAUGGUAUAAUUGCCUAUUUUUAACGGAUUUUUACCCUAAAAAGGUCACCUAGAAUUUUCGGGAGCCUUUCUUCUGGCUAAAAUUUUCGAAAAGGUAAGUUUUGAUCCCUAUAAUUUUCGGAUCACUAGACUUUCAGCUAGGAAAUCCGAACAGAUGAAAAAUUUCUAGGGGAUAAAAAUAUGCCUAUAUCUACCGUUUAAAUACCAAAAUACGUUUAACAAUGCCAUGUUUAAGUGAUUUUGAACUAUAUUCUCGUUGGGUGCCCUUGAUUCAUAAUUCAUAUGCAUCCAUAUAGUACAUUGUCAUUCAUUCAAAAUAUUUUCUCUAUUUGUGAUUGACCACAUUUGGAUAGUCUGGAACCAGCGCCGCAGUGGGGGAAAAGGGCAAAGAACAGGGUCAACAAGGAAAAAUGCGGUGGGCUGGAGGGGGGGGGGGGGAUGCAGCAGAACCUAGAGACAUGCCUUUGAUGCUGCCAUUCUGUGAUACCAUUCUGGUGUCAAAUGUCUUCAUGUUGACAGAUUCUCAGUGCUGUGGACAGUAUUGCGCUCUUUCAAUAUCAUGCUCAUACAAUUUGAAAAAGAUUUUAAAAUAUGAAUGAGGGUGGAUUGGCGGCAUCAACGCAUUUCUCCAGGCUCCACCUUUUCUCCUCCCCAGACUACCUCUUGGCCUGCUUUGCUUCGCUAUAGCGAAGACCCCACUAUACAGCCUGUAACCAAGAAUUUUUUGGGUACCAUGGCACUUCGUUAUAGCGGGGUUCCAUCAAAAUCCUGCAAACAAGCUAUGUAAAUGACGCAGCUCAGGGCUUGUAAUAUUUUGCAUGGUCGUGAAGCCAUGAAGUUCAGGUAAAUCAGUAAAACUCACAAGAGCAUGCAAAAUACUGCAAAAUUUGGUAGAAAUCUUAUGAGAUAUGUGUCUGUACAACAUAUUUGAAAUUUAUCUCAGCAAAUUUAUCUUGAAACUUCGCCACUUAAACAUGCAAACAAAGUCCUGAAACUACCAGACGUAGAUUAUGUUGCGAAAAACUGGGCACUAGCCAUGACGUUAAAGGCUUUGCCAUUGGUUCAUUUCUGGAGCGUAUUGUUGUUGAAAGAGUAAAUGAUGACCUCUGUUUGAAAAACGUUGAAAAUGCAGGUCUGAUCAGCCAAUCAAUUUCUAGCGAAUUUUCCCUAAAAAUAACCACAAAAUUGGCCAUUUUUUACCAAUUGCUUUUUAGGCGAAGUUUGUCGCCAAAAAUUCCCAGGAAAUUGGCCAAUUUUUCUGGGAAUUUGUCCCUAAAAAUCCUGCAAAAUUUGACUUAUUUUUCACGACCUAUGACAAGCCCAUAUAUAAUGGCGCGAAUUGCGCAAUUGAUCAGAUUUGAAAAUAUCAUCGAUAGAAGUCGGUAUAUAUUUGGAGAUAAACUGGCUUUGUUUAUGCGAUUUGGCACAUUUUUUAUGAUGUAAGCAAAGCAAGAUAAUAUGAAAUGUUUGUUUUAACUUUACUCUUUUAAUAAUUUAAAUCUAAAACUUAGAGAAAUCUGGUUGCCACUUUGGUAACUAAGCCAAAACUUUUAGUCGCCAAGGAGACAAUGUUAGUUGCAUUGGCGACCUUAUCACUUGCGAUUUCAAGCCCUGAUGUGUCAUAGAGUUUUUAUAGUGGGGUUUCACUGUACAUGCAAAAAGGCAAGACAUCAACAUCCCACAAACAAGCCAGGGCUGGGGUGAAAACAAGAAUUGGGACAAGUGGGAUUUCAAUUUGACUUGCAGAAUGCUCCAAAUCUUCUUGUGGCUCCAACACCAAAAACAACAGCAAUCACCUGCUUGUCUUGUCAGCUACACAGGCUAAUCAGCUAUGUAGCUGGAAAUGUCAUAAAGUGUGUUGCAGUUAUUGAAAAAGUUAAUUAUUUGAAAAACUGUGGAUGUGUUUUUACCUAUGUAUAUACCUGGUUGAUACAGUUGAGGCUCUGGACUGUACACUCCUCUUAAGUAGACAGCUCUUCUUUCAGCUUAUGUCAGUUUUUUCACAUACCUGGCGUUACGCUUCAAAACACCAGUUGAAUUUUAUGCUUGUGCCUGAAUUACAGCAUUGUCAGAGCAACUGUAUCAAACAGUUUUUUUCUUAGUAUCCUGGUAUUUAUUCAUUACAGAAAUGCACCCAUUGAUAAUUAACGAUCAUGAAAAAUGACAUAGUGAGAGUGUCAAUCAAGAAAUCCCCUGUGUAUAUCCUUUUCCUGAUUAUUGUUCUUGCUAGAAAUACCACAAAAUAAUUUGACUAAAACUUCAUGCAACUAACAAUACUUCAGUCUAUCUGUCUAAAUUUAAUCCAAAUAAGGACAUGUAAUUUAAACCCUUUAAAAUUGAUUACAACACUUAAAAUAAUGGUAACAUACCAGUUUGUAUUGUUUCUGCAUUGUUUCUGGAAAGUGUGGGAAUUGUCAAUCACUAUAAAGUUCAUAAGAGACCGAAAAUGGCUUUAUGGGUACCCCACUUUUCACAUUUGACAUUUAUCCAUGGAUGCCAAACUGUAAUGUUGUAGCUGAGUAAGCUCCCAUAAGCUGCCAAUGAUAUAACCCUUUCACCUCUAGUGGCUGCAGACGAGAACCAUUCUUGUAAGUGAUCAGCUUCAGUUAUGGACACAUUUCUCUCAUCUCAAGGGUGCCUGCACUCACAUGAGCAUCUAUUCUAGUACAUGUACAUAGAUAGCUCCAGUAUCACAUCAACUGUCUUGUGUAUGGGUGUGAUAUAAGAACAUUUCAUCUGCCUUUAGCCUCCCAAGGCAGACGUUCUUAUUGGUUUCUUUUGUGUUGUUGUUUUAGUGAUGAAAGUGUCAAGUUCUUUUGCUUUACAAUACAAUACAAUACAAUACAAUGUUCUUUAUUUUGAGAGGGUAGAUAUACAUGAUUAACCCAGUUAAGAGUUUUCUAACACAUGGCCCUCUAAAACUAAAAGAAAUAUAUACAAAUAAAUUUCAAAAAUACACACAUACAAUAAUUAAUUGAAUGUAACAUUUAAAAUGAAAUUAAAAUUAACACAAUAUAAAAGUUUAAUUAACAUAGUUACAAACAAUAUAUCGCAGCAAACUUGGACGAUUAGGAGAAAUAGCAAUUGCAGUAAAGCAGGAAACGGCAUGCAAAACAGCAAAGUUCUUCGAGAUGGGCAACGGAAUUGAGUUUUUGAAUGAAAUGCUUUCAAGUAUUAGAGCAUCACAUAAAAACAAGGUAAAAUUAAACAUUGAUAAUUUCUAAUUAUAAUGAUUAAUAAGAAGUUUUACAUAAUAAUUAUUAUAAUGUGGCAUCCAUUUUAAAAUUAAAUCUUCCUUCCAUGGAAAAAUCAAAAAGGUUUUAUUUUGUCGGUUGAUCGGCCAUUUUAAAUUUUUGUCCACCAUAUUAUUCUGAAUAACUCUUAUUAAAAGAUGUUAUCAGAAAAUUUAAUUUUUAAAUAUUUACUCACUUGGUAUGAUAUUAUGUAGGCUAUCAAUUGGGUUUAAUUGUUUCUUACCAGGAAUGACUUAUAAACAUUUGAUCGCUAGCUGUAUUCAGUAUACACAUGCUUCUGAAAAUUAAUAAGUCUCCUGUCCCGUACAAGACAUCUUGGAUGAUCUUGUCUCAGUGUCUGAUCCUGCCCAAAAAAUGGCUAUGUUUUUUUAUUUUUUAUUUUGUGCACAGACAUGUGUCAUCAAAUCUUGUAGAUCAACAAGCACUCAGAGAGAUUCUUUUGACCUGGCUACGAAAUCAGGUACACUAGGAUAAUUAUUUUACUCUACAGUAGAAUCCCAAGGAACAUUUUCUCUUUUUUUGCCACUCACCCUUGAUUGUAAUGUCUAUCUUUAGGUGAAAAAGGAUGUCUUGCUAAUAUCUUUGACGUAUUAUUAUGGUCUAGACUCUCUCUUUGUCUUUCAUCAAAAUUGAAACAACAUUUUUUAUGUCAAAAGGUAGAGCAAAAUUGUCAAACGUUGUUUUUUAUAGUUGUGCAAAGAUACCUAAAAGUGGACAUAAGUGCAUUAAUGGUUUGCAAAGCCAUGAGAGUCUUCCUAGCACCUUUGUUCUUUGAAUUCUUAUACCUACACUGUAGCGGUAAUUGCAACAUUUUCACUGCGAUUUUUCAUUGACCCUUGUUGUAUUAAACUUUUCAGUGUUGUACCGAGUCAGAUAACAAGAAUUUCUUGAAGAACAAGGCAGCACAAGUCUUAAGCUUGAUCUUUGUCUGUGAUUAUCCUGAGAAGGUUAGCUGAGUUAUUGUUAUUUCAAGUGUGAUGAGUGUGAAUACUGAUAGAUACCCUAAAUUGUAACUUGUGCCCAGAUUUCAUUCAGUGUGAGAGAACUUCAUUUAAUUUCCUGCCUCUUUCACAAGCUGCCUUUAGACAGUGUUAUGACCUCAUGGCUGGUAAACUCAUGCCUUCCAGCUAUGAGCCCCCACACCAAUGGAACCAGGCACCUGUCCCAAUGAUUUAUCAGAGAAAAAUUAAAGGGAGCCCUUGUAAAAAUUUAUUAGCGAUCGCUGUCAAAAUCGCGUAGCGUUUUUGGCCGGAUUUCGCGGCGCGAUCGCUGCGUUAUUCGCGGAGCGAUGGGAGCGAUCGCGGCGCGAUCGCUGUCAUCAAUCGCUUAGCGUUUUUGGCCGGAUUUCGCGGCGCGAUGAGAGCGAUCGCUGAGCGAUCGCUGUCGUCGAUCGCUUAGCGUUUUUGGCCGGAUUUCGCGGCGCGAUGAGAGCGAUCGCUCAGCGAUCGCUCACCGCAUCAAUCGCUUAGCGUUUUUGGCCGGAUUUCGCGGCGCGAUGAGAGCGAUCGCUGUCAUCAAUCGCUUAGCGUUUUUGGCCGGAUUUCGCGGCGCGAUGAGAGCGAUCGCGCCGCGAUCGCUGUCAUUAAUCGCUUAGCGUUUUUGGCCGAAUUUCGCGGCGCGAUGAGAGCGAUCGCUGAGCGAUCGCUGUCGUCGAUCGCUUAGCGUUUUUGGCCGGAUUUCGCGGCGCGAUGAGAGCGAUCGCUCAGCGAUCGCUCACCGCAUCAAUCGCUUAGCGUUUUUGGCCGGAUUUCGCGGCGCGAUGAGAGCGAUCGCUGUCAUCAAUCGCUUAGCGUUUUUGGCCGGAUUUCGCGGCGCGAUGAGAGCGAUCGCGCCGCGAUCGCUGUCAUUAAUCGCUUAGCGUUUUUGGCCGAAUUUCGCGGCGAGAUGGCAGUGAUCGCUCAGCGAUCGCUGUUGUCGAUCGCUUAGCGUUUUUGGCCGAAGUUCGCGGCGCGAUUGGAGCGAUCGCGCCGCAAUCGCUGUCAUUGAUCGCAGAUGGUUUUCGGCCGAAUUUCUCGUUGCAAUCACGGUCCGGACGAAAAAGACAUAAAUGAGUAUUUCUUAUCUCAGAAGAAGAGCAGUGAGCUGAAAUUUGUCCUGAAAGUUGCAGUAACAUUUUACUAACUUGUGACAAACGGAGAGCUUCUGAGCUUUGCCGAAAAUCGUGCAUCAUAGAAAAUGACCGCUCCGUUUGAAAGCCCCUGGUCCGGCCAGUGGUUCCGGCCACUUUGGCUACUUUAAUUGGAAGCCGACAUCAAAAGUGCGUAAAAAGAAACCUUCCAAGCACCAUCUGAUCUAAAUUCCUGUAUAAUUUUUAUAGGCUGCUCACUUAAAAUUCGAAACCAAACUGAGAUUUCUGUGUAAAGAGCUAACGUUUGGUCUCUCGAAGAAACUAAACCGUGAAAAGGUCAAUUCGCCACCAUUUUAAAUGAAUUCAGUCAAAGUUUAGAGGGAAAAAAUAUUUGUCGUCGCUUGUUUACGUCCUCAAGAAACACCUCCCAUCACCAAAAUGUUGUCUAAGUCAUGCCGCGACCGAAAAGCGUGCGUCAUGCACGUGCAGGACGUGCAGAGUAAUAUUUUCCGUGUUAGGCCCAUUGCUUGCCAAGUUUUUUGACUUUGCUAAAUGCUACAGCUCCCAAAUGAAAUAUAAGUUUCAUUUUAUGGCCUUCUAUAUCACUGCUUAAUAAAUAAAGUGCAGUGUUACUGGGAAAUUUUCAAACAGGCUUUCCCUUUUCAAUCACUAUUUGGCUAGUUUGGCCGGACCAAGGACAUAGUACGCAAAAUUUAUUUUGAAAUAUUAUCUAAACUUUGGUUUUAAAAUUCAACCAGUCCACCGAAUUUUUUUUUUUUUGCAAGUCGAAAGAACAUUUCUUGUACGCCGUGUACACCAAAAAUUAGCUUUCUUAACACUUAAUUGCAUACCUGAACUAAAAAUGCAUCCAAGUAAUUUAAGGCGCCAUAAAAAAGCAAAAAUAACAGAACAAAAUUCACCUACGACAAUCGAGCUUCAGAAGGCAAACAGAUCAAUAAAAAAUCGGAAAGUUUCGUUUGUAGUUUAACCUUAUUUUCUUCCGAAAAUUACGUACAUCACAAAUUAUAACGGGCCGGAACUUAUCCGAACUUAUCCGAACUUAUCUAGGAAAGAUCGAAGCUACUCAGUCUGCAAGCAGGGUAGUAUAAAUCAUGUCAAGAUAAAGCUAAAUUUUCAACUUAAACGGGUCUAAAUAGGGAAUGAAUUUUCAAAAGAAAGGUCUUAUGUGAGAGUUCAGUGAAUCGUGUUUUUUAUUCUUAGCUAAGUGUGAGCAGAGUAAAACGUUUUAUAUCCUGAAGUAUUGAGAUAAUGAAACCGCCUAUAUGCAUUGAUUUCUUUUCUUUUGAUCCACUUGUCCAUGUCUUCAGAUAGGUUCAUCCUAUUAGGGAUAAAAAUAUUUUUUCUUUUUUCCUCACGCUAAUGAUAUGUUUCAUGUUCAUUUACCGUGCUUAAAUAUUCUGACUGAAAUUCUCCAUACUUCUUUAUUAAGCCAAUUUAAUGUGACGUCCCACAUUUUUUGUCUUCAGCCUAAACGUUACCUUUGAAAUUUACAUAAUGUACAAACUGAGUACUCACAACUGUUGUCUUUGCCUGAUUAAUUGUUGCUGCAGAAUAUUCAAGAGGCCAUCAUGGCUCUUGGUAUAUUGCCAUGUUUAUGCCCCACAGUACGUCCAGAGCGGUUUUCCUGUUGAGAAAUUAAAACCAGUUAACCAAGAGAGUUAUUCCCGAAAUCAGAGUAUUGAAAUAUUCAAAUCAAGACAAAUCACUGAGUUGUGAAGCUCAAGUAGCUUAAGACUUACACCCCCCGAAGGAUAUAAAAAAAUGAGCUAAAAAACGAAGGCUCCAAAAUCAGAAGUUUUGCUUUCUCGAACUAUUAAAAGGUAGCUCGAAUUUUUUAGCUUUUGUUUGUUUGAGAAGCCUAAUAAAAAAGGCUAACCUUAAUUGUGUUAUAAACUAUGAAAAGUGCCGGAAAGUAUAAAAUCGACAACACCGAAUGAAUAUCAAGCUUAACCCUAAUUAGAUUUAAAAUUAAACUUAGUGAUAAUAAGAAGUGAGUAGACUUACCUUUUUGAGUACGUUUCUUUGUUUGAACUUUCAACAUGUCAAAAGAAUCAUUAAGAAAAAUUUUUCAAUGUUUAAACAGCAAUAAACGGCCAUUGCCAAUUGCAUGACAAGUGAAAUUGAGAGCAAUUUUACGGAAGCCUGUAAGGGACAUUCGAGAUGCGAGAUAAAAAUGCGAGAUGCGAGAUAAAAAUGCGAGAUAAAAAUGCGAGAUAAAAAAAUGCGAGAUAAAAAUGCGAGAUAAAAAAAUGCGAGAUAAAAAUGCGAGAUAAAAAAAAUGCGAGAUAAAAAUGCGAGAUAAAAAUGCGAGAUAAAAAAUGCGAGAUAAAAAUGCGAGAUAAAAAAAUGCGAGAUAAAAAUGCGAGAUAAAAAAAAUGCGAGAUAAAAAUGCGAGAUAAAAAUGCGAGAUAAAAAAAUGCGAGAUAAAAAUGCGAGAUAAAAAAAAUGCGAGAUAAAAAAUGCGAGAUAAAAAAUGCGAGAUAAAAAUACGAGAUAAAAAAAUACGAGAUAAAAAUGCGAGAUAAAAAUGCGAGAUAAAAAAUGCGAGAUAAAAAAAUGCGAGAUAAAAAAUGCGAGAUAAAGGUGAAAGGUGUUGACAGGCCAAACACGACUCAUAAGCUCGUGAUAGUGUGAUACGUGACCUUAUAGUUUUGCUCUAACGAGGAUAUCUCCCAGCGAUUUUGCUCUUUUAUAUGAAAUGAUGGGAGGCUCGUUGUAUAUUUCUCUCAGUAGUGGUUGAUCUUGAAUUAAGUGCCAUUUGCUCAUUAAAAUGUUUUUAAGGUUCGGCAAAGCAGGGUGGUAUGUGGUAACGAAAGGCAGAAUUUUCUUUCGCACUUCAUUGUUCUUUUGUAAAGCUGACUUCCGUUCGGUAAAUUUAACCUCAGAGGUGAUUUUUUCUAUGAGAUUGUGAGGGUAACCUCUAGCGCGAAGGCGUUUUUUGAAGUUGUAGAUGUUCUCAUAGAAGGAUUUAGCUGAGGAGUUAGUUCUCAGAAGUCUAAGGGCUUCGCCCUUUAUGAGACCUUUUCUGACCCCGUGGGGGUUACAGGAAGAGAAAUGCGUGUAUUGAAAAGUCUCUGUAGGUUUAAAAUGUGUGCGGAUGUCAAGGAUUCCUUGGUUGUGAAAUCUCUCGCCUUUUCCAAAAAGUGAAACAAAUAGUCGGCAGGGGCAACUUUCCAAAAAGUGAAACAAAUAGUCGAAGAACUACAUCAGGGAAGUUUUAUUGACGAAAUGACUGUUAAAUGGUUAUCACAGACACCUAACCCACCCAGAAUACCUGUCUUCUACACUCUCACAAAGAUUCAUAAGCCAACUCCUGUUGGCCGUCCUAUAGUGGCAGGAAACGACGGACCCACCGAGCGAAUAUCAUCAUUCGUUGACAGCCUACUUCAGCCUAUAGCUAAGUCACAAAAGUCCUAUCUUAAGGACACAACUGACUUUAUUAACUUCAUAGAAAGGAGAAACCUCUCAGGGGACGUUUUCCUAGUCUCCUUAGACGUUACUAGCCUGUACACAAAUAUCCCACAGGAAGAGGGAAUAAACACAGUAUGCAAAGCAUACCAGACUUUCUACGGGAAAAACACCCCCAUCCCCACACAAUCCCUCAGAAGAAUCCUUAAACUUAUUCUUCAAGAGAACUCGUUUGAAUUCAACGGCAAAAACUAUCUCCAAACACACGGAACCGCAAUGGGUACAAAGAUGGCAGACGCCUUUGCCAACAUCUUUAUGUCGGUGGUACAGACAGAAAUACUGAACUUCAGCAAAACUAAACCUGUUGAGCGGAAAAGAUACAUUGACGAUAUUUUCUCAUUGUGGAAAACUGAUAGAAAGGAGAUAGAUGAAUUCAUUGCUCUUGCAAACAGGCAUCACCUUUCAAUUAAAUUUACGGCUGAAAUAUCUGAUAAAGAGAUUAACUUUCUGGAUACAACUGUUUACAAAGGCGAGAGAUUUCACAACCAAGGAAUCCUUGACAUCCGCACACAUUUUAAACCUACAGAGACUUUUCAAUACACGCAUUUCUCUUCCUGUAACCCCCACGGGGUCAGAAAAGGUCUCAUAAAGGGCGAAGCCCUUAGACUUCUGAGAACUAACUCCUCAGCUAAAUCCUUCUAUGAGAACAUCUACAACUUCAAAAAACGCCUUCGCGCUAGAGGUUACCCUCACAAUCUCAUAGAAAAAAUCACCUCUGAGGUUAAAUUUACCGAACGGAAGUUAGCUUUACAAAAGAACAAUGAAGUGCGAAAGAAAAUUCUGCCUUUCGUUACCACGUACCACCCUGCUUUGCCGAACCUUAAAAACAUUUUAAUGAGCAAAUGGCACUUAAUUCAAGAUCAACCACUACUGAGAGAAAUAUACAACGAGCCUCCCAUCAUUUCAUAUAAAAGAGCAAAAUCGCUGGGAGAUAUCCUCGUUAGAGCAAAACUAUAAGGUCACGUAUCACACUAUCACGAGCUUAUGAGUCGUGUUUGGCCUGUCAACACCUUUCACCUUUAUCUCGCAUUUUUUAUCUCGCAUUUUUUUAUCUCGCAUUUUUUAUCUCGCAUUUUUAUCUCGCAUUUUUUUAUCUCGCAUUUUUAUCUCGCAUUUUUAUCUCGUAUUUUUUUAUCUCGUAUUUUUAUCUCGCAUUUUUUAUCUCGCAUUUUUUUUAUCUCGCAUUUUUAUCUCGCAUUUUUUUAUCUCGCAUUUUUAUCUCGCAUUUUUAUCUCGCAUUUUUUUUAUCUCGCAUUUUUAUCUCGCAUUUUUUUAUCUCGCAUUUUUAUCUCGCAUUUUUUAUCUCGCAUUUUUAUCUCGCAUUUUUAUCUCGCAUUUUUUUUAUCUCGCAUUUUUAUCUCGCAUUUUUUUAUCUCGCAUUUUUAUCUCGCAUUUUUAUCUCGCAUUUUUUUAUCUCGCAUUUUUAUCUCGCAUUUUUAUCUCGCAUCUCGCAUUUUUAUCUCGCAUCUCGAAUGUCCCUUACAGGCUUCCGUAAAUGUCCCUUACAGGCUUCCGUACAAUUUUCUUUUUCAAGGUACGCGUCAGCCUCAGGCGGUGUGCGUCACGAGAUUCGACCAAUCAGAAUGCGUCAUUUGUAGAGUGAUUCUCGUGCUCGGAAAGAGCCGUUUUCAGAGGUAUAUGUGGUGAAAUUUUCGCUUUAUUCCAAGCUUGUGUUGGUAAUGUCGACGCUAUACCGCCGUGGAAAGUUGUUGGAACACUUUAUCUUGAUAGCAGUUGCGUUACUUUUAAAUAUUUUGCUUUCUUGAGCGUUUGUGACAAGUUUGAAUUGCUCAGUUAUGUGCAGGCCGCCAUGAUGAUUUGAGUGUUGUUUUUGCCGUUCUUCUUGGAUUUAUUGCUGGUUACCGUUAGCGGUUUUAUCGAAUUAUUUUGGCCAUCUUGUUACUUCAACCUUUCUUCUUUGCAAAUUUCGGGGUCUACCCGGGUCUACCCCUGUUAGUUUUCCCGUUAUGAGCCGUUGAAAGUGUCUUGGAAUUAAGACAUCGUCUUAGCCAAGUGGCACAACUCCCGGGAAACUGGCUGAGAAAACAUGCCGAAGCGAAAGCCGACGUGAAGCGAGUAACGCCAAAUCCAGGAAGAGUUUGUGCUAUUUUAAACCACAAAAGGUAAAUAAGUUUGAAUAUUGUAAUAACCUUUGAAAAAAAAAACAUUUUUCAUAACCCAGUGCGGAAACUGAAAGCGUGACUUAAAGUAAUUUGCAUGCGGUGUGUGCUAUGUGUAUGCAAAUCUUUGUGCAAACUUAUGUAAGGGAAUAAAUUGUUAUAAAUCUCUACCAAAACACAAAACCAUUAUCGAAGAUCGAGACAACAUCAUAAAGGAUUUUAAAACUGUGAGGUUAGGUUUUACUUUAUAACAAAAUCGAUAUACUGCGCUCACUUCAAUGACCGCACAGACAAGAUCGUGGUUUAUUUCACUGUUUAUUUCCGCGACUGUAGCUUCGGUGAAAUUCCGAUUGUGCCGCAGCUGUUCGGCUCUUUCGGUCUGUUUUCCCCUUGCCUCAUAGAAGAUUUAUUUGCGCAUAAGGAUUUCAAACGGGCACUGUUUCCAAAAGAGUAUAAACUUGUCGAUGAAAAUAAAAUUGUUAUGAGAGACGAUUUCUCACCUUGCUGUUUGCACGCGCUCCCCCUAGCUGCUUUGCCGGUAACAUAGUCCAUCAAAUAUAUAAACACUUCUAAUGGACGAAUUUUUUUUUAGUUAAGCAAAUCCAGGUAUGAACUACAGAUCUCUUUCACCAUGAGAUAAAUACAUACAUAUAAACCAAACAGUACAUAAAAUCUUAUGAGAAGGCGGAAAUUAGUCGCCGCUCAAAGUCGGCUAGAUCGCACGAUCGUCUCCGAAUCGCGAUAAACUUCUUGAAAUUGUCUUGUGAAGCCAAUAGCAAGCAUCUAAGGCCACUAUGAGAUCUUGAAAAUUCUCGAAAUCGCUCUCUUCUGUAAUGUUUUUCGGAAAAGGCAGCAGUGUUUUGAUCCCUGGGUUUGAUUCAUUUCUCUUACGAGAUGCGAACUCGACCGUGUCACGAUUGAAAUGAGGCACAGUAACAGUUUUACCCAUGAACCUUUGUGGGUCGUGACGCACACCGCCUGCGUCAGCCUUGAAUCUUGGCCACCCGCGUCGCAGUGGCGGGAAAUCGGAUUUUGGAAUCCAGUCCCCAAGGGCGCGAUCCAUUCAACCAAAAUUUCCGGAAUAUUUCGGUCCAAAACUCUGGAUAGGUUCGGUCCAACCGGAAAAGUUUCGAAAAAACGGGUCCACCUUUUUAGGUGGACCAAUUUUCCCGGUCGGCCCGGUUGGAAUGUUGGUUGAAUGGAUCGCACCCCAAUACUCUGGAUUAAACCGUCACGUACAUGCAGGAUUCAUUUCUGUUAUCAAGGACCAUUAAGUAAAAAUCAUGUUGAUUACAUCCUUAUAUACAACAGCUUAAGGCCUGGAGCGUAACAGAAAUUCAUCCUUGGGCUUAAAAUGACUCAAUUAGAGGUGAGCGAGAAAAGGUUUCCUAGCUUUUUGCUAAUGUAACUCUGGUCAAAAACACAAGGAAAACCGUGCCUUCUCUAGAAACCGAUAAAGUUCUAACAAACUGAAAAUGACUGUUAUUAUAAGCUUAUAGUUUUUCCGAAUGUUCGACCUCCCGAUAUUGAUAUAUUUCUGUAGUCUUUUAGUUACUUAACUUUCCAGUGUUUUAUUAUAAUAUUAUUACUAUUUUGCCUGCCCUAAUAAUUUUCACAAUCGCAAGUUUUGAAGAACAACAUAAUGGAAUAUAAAAAUAAAAUAAUAUGCCCGGCAGCCGGGAAGGGUCUAAGCUGCACGGCAGUCAGAAUGUUUUUUUGAUUAUCUUCAAAAUCUUUUUUUCUAAAUAUAAUCGUUUGAAAGUAUCAUAUCUUCGUUUAGAAUUACCAAGGGAUUAGGAAAACAGGAAUGGCUUAGCAGUAGAGCGGUUGUGGUUUCUUGGGCAUAGAGCCUGAGAGUCGACGCCGUUUCGACACUUAGAAACAUUCGAGACUCGCGAGUACGUUUUCGCACAGGCUAAAUAUCCAGCAGUUUGAAAGCCAUCUGGAAAGUUGGAAAGCCUGUUAGUAAGCCAAAGGAUGCAUACUAGCCUCGAUUAGUUUUCCAAAGCAAUAACGAGAAUAUUAAGUGCUUUCAUUAAGAAACCUUAGAGUCAAUGCACUGUGUGAAUCAACUAACGUGUGGGAAAAAAGGGUGCAAAGGCAAACGCAGUGCGAAUUACGGCCCAUAACAAACGGGAAAGGCGGUCCCUGAUAACACCAAAUUAAAUAUAGCCUGUUAUAAAAAAAAAACUAACGAGUCACGAACGAUAAGGAAUAACAAGACGAGCUAUUAACCAGACUAAAAGGGGCGUAAAAGACGUGAGAGCUCAAACAGAAUAAUAACCAUACGACUAACUUAUAACAGAAAUCGCGACGAUAACUGUGAUCCUCGGUUAUCUCCUUCGCGAUAAUGGCACUGAGAUUGCGGACGCGAACUUAAUUAGAAUUGAUCGUGAUCACCACCUGGCGAUCGCGAUUACUGCACCACGAUCGAGAGCAAUAUGGCACUCGACGAUCGCCGAUUACAACUUAACUAAAUCGCACCGCGAUCGCAAUCACCGCUUCGCAGUAAGUACAAUGCCCCUGCGAUCGCGAUUACCAAACCGGGAUCGUAGUCCUGACAUAUAAAUCACGGAUUUGACUUUACUAAAUCAAGCCGCGAUCGUGAUCAUCACGCCGCGAUAAGUACAAUGUCGCUGCCAUCGCGGAUACUAUUUUUCAAAAUCGCACGACCCCAUCAGCUGCUUAGCGUUUAAUAUCAUCGAGCUAAAAUAAAAACUGUCUGUCUUCGCGAUCGCGAUCAUCUUCCUGCGAUCACGAUCGUUCCGCUGAGAUCGCUAUAGCUUCGCCACGAUCGCUCUAUCUUCACCAUCCUGACCCUGAGAUCGCGGAUAAUAUUUUUCUGAAUCGCGCCGCGAUCGUAAUCCUCUUCCUGCGAUCACGAUCAUCGGACUGAGAUCGUUAUAACUCCGCCGCGAUCGCGAUUUCAUCGCCAGCAUCGCAAUCCUAACCUUGGGAUCGCAGAUACGAUUUUUCAAAAUUGCGCCGCGAUGGCGAUCAUCUUCCCGCGAUCACGAUCAUCACGUUGAGAUCGCUAUAACUUCGCCGCGAUCGCUCUAUCUUCCCCGCGAUCGCGUUCACCACGCCGCGAUAAGUACAAUACAGCUGCGAUCGCGAUUUCAUCGCCAGGAUCGCAAUCCUGGCUCUGAGAUCGCGGAUAAUAUUUUUCUGAAUCGCGCCGCGAUCGUAAUCUUCUUCCUGCGAUCAUGAUCAUCGUUCUGAGAUCGUUAUAACUUCGCCGCGAUCGCGAUUUCAUCGCCAGCAUCGCAAUCCUGACCUUGGGAUCGCAGAUACGAUUUUUCAAAAUUGCGCCGCGAUCGCGAUCAUCUUCCCGCAAUCACGAUCAUCGCGUUGAGAUCGCUAUAACUUCGCCGCGAUCGCGAUCACCACGCCGCGAUCGCGAUCACUACGCCGCGAUCGCGAUCAUCGCGUCGCUAUUGCAAGCGCGAUUUACUUCAAUUGCAUAGCGAUCGCUGAUAUCGCGCCGCGAUCAAAAUCAUCGCGCCGCGAUCACGAUCACCGCGUCGCGAUCGCGAUUACCGCGUCGCGAUCGCGAUCAUCGCGUCGCGAUCGCGAUCACCGCGCCGCGAUCGCUAUAACCUCGCCGCGAUCGCGAUCACCACGUCGCUAUCGCGGGCGCGAUUAAUUUAAAUCGUGCCGCGAUAUGCACAAUCGCGCCGCGAUCGCUGCCAUCGCUCCGCGAUCGCGGCGCGAUCGCUAAUAAAUUUUUACAAGGGAGGGAAUGGUUGGGGGAAACGCACAAUCCAAAGCCUGAACAAAGCGAGUAAUCGCCUUGAAAGCGUUCUACUAAGCACAUGGAGCUGAUGUUAGCAAGGGUGACUGCACUUGAGCCACCACACUGACCGCUGAGCAACAACACACAACGGCACUCCUUGUUAUUAACUGCAUUAAAUGUUGUUUAAUUUUAUGUUACAUUUCUCUUCUCCCUGUAGUGGCCGCUGUUUUUCUCAGACCUCCUCCAGUGCUUGCAAUAUGGAGCAUUAGCUGUGGAUAUGUACCUUAGGAUUUUGAAGGCAAUUGAUGAGGAAGUGGUUGAUAGAGAUGUGAUAAGGAGUCAACAGGUUAAUUUUGUGUAUCGUUUUACAGUCAAAUCAGGUCAAGCAUUCCCAUUGCUAACAAAAAAAUGAUUUUGUUUGUUGAUUCAAUAAUCCAUUGAUAAAAUGAACAAUCCAACAGUCAAAUUGUACCUCGAUUCAAUAAUUAAAUGUUGAUUUGGUUUAUGAACAAAAUCUACCUGUUCUUUGUUCUUGUCCCGAUUGUGUUCAAUAGUAUUUGCUUCCCUUUUCUGCCGUUUACGAUUCUGUUUUUUAUUGCCAGCUUAUCAAAAUAACAGCUAGAAUAUACAGACCGCAAAUGCGAAGAAACUGACAAAGGCCGAGGAUCGAAAUCCACCAAUCACCGCACAUACAGUGACCUUAGUUUAACCAUAGUGUUUUCUGAGAGGUCACAUCUGUUGCACUGAUUACUGGCAUGCAGCAAACUGGCGUACAUGUAACAGUUUGUCUGGCCUUGAACUUCAGAACUCACCCGCACUUGACUCGUAGAAAAAAAGAAGAAAAUACAAAAUUCUGAGGUCGACUUGUGGGAAGUGUAGUUUUUCAAAAAACAGUAAUCAAAUCAACAUUCGAUUAUGGAAUCAAGGCUAAAUAUGAAUAUUGGAUUGUUCAUUUUAUGAAUGGAUUAUCGAAUCAACAAACGAAGUCAUUUUUCUGUCAAUGAAUUCAUUAGUUCGUUAGAAACGGGAAAGCUUGACCUGGUUUGACUGUAAAAGCUGUAAUGCUACAAUUUCCAUUGGUGAAAAUAUCUCCAACAGAAAUUGAUAACCUAUUCAAUUCUAUAUAAUAUUGUACUACCCAACAUCUCAUACGAGCAGCUUGCAGCCACUGAAGCUGAACCCGUUUUAGUGGGUGUCUGUAAAGCGGGUUUGGACUGUACCUAAAUUUUUUAUUUGCCUAAUAUAAAAGCUUGUUAAAGUUUGUCAUUCAAGCUGUUUUUGUUGUGACAAAGUCCACCAUGCCACACACAUGAAGUUGUAGGUGCUAAUAUGAAUCUAAACAUGUUGUGCAAAGGGCUACGCUGUACAUGUGUGAAAUUGCUCCUGAUGAAAAUCAAAAUCCUUUGGAGUUAAAACACUGCUUCUAGAAUCUUGCUUGUCACAUCUUGAAACUUGUGCAAAGACUCAAAGAUUUGAUUUAAAACUGUCAACUUUUGUGGAGUUUCAGUUGGUUGUGAUUGUACAAGUUUGUAAAACCAUUUGUGACCUUAUUUAGGAAAAGGGGGAUUAAGGUGAAUAACAAAAAAACGUGUUUUCUCGCGUUUUAAACAUAAACGUGUUAAAACACCGUUAAAACGUAUUUAAACAACGUUUAAACACACAAAAAACGCGUGCGCAAGAUUUUUAUGUCGAAAGAGCUUUAUACAAACGACGCGUUUAAACGCUGUUAAUUUACCUCAAAUGAGCGCAUAAUUACAUGGACAUUUGCUUCAUUAUUGGUUGUCAUCCGGGGUUACUCUGAUUUAUUUGAAGCAAUGGAGCUCGACAAACCAUCGAAAACUUAAUUCACGGACUCGGAACGGAGAAGAAAUGCGGGAUCGAAAGUCCAACCAAAUAUGGCGGAGUUCUUCGAGGAAGAAAACAAAACACUAAAUACUCGGUGACUCAGUAAGUAAAUCAUAAGCAUAAACUUCAACUGAAGUGAGGAAUGUACGAAUGAAUAUUACAUGAUGGAGCGAUAAACAGCGCUGUUGCAGCGGUGCAGAAAAUUCCCGAAUCACGAUCUGGGCUGGAAAGUGGCUGCAAAGUGGCUUUGAAAAGAUAAAAUGUUGUUACCGGUAAUGGCCUACCACUCGUCAGUACAAAAAAAAAAUGAAUUGCAGACUUCAAUAAUACAAUAAUCAUGAGACACGGUAGAGGAGUUGACAAGGCCUUAGUAACGGUGUAAAAACCACUAGAAAGUCAAAAUACAACUGAUACUUUUAAUCCACGCGUACACGUUACAAAAGCACGUGACAUAACAAAUCUGCAAAAGUCUCGCUUUGUAAUAUUCAGCAAUAACUCAUCUAAAUGUAAGAACAUGCAUUAACAUGCAGACAAUUAAGUUUAUCUUUUUUAAAAAUAAAGAGAAUAAGAGCGAUUGUGCUACAUAACGUUUGCACGGACCCACGCCAAAUGAUUUUUGAUUCGUUGCAACAGCGUAAGCCCGACACCGCUCACCUUGACGUUUUUUCCAUGAUCCACGAUCUGUUACACUUUUUUCAUGAAAGAAGUCAACCCAAUUUUACUUUAGUCGUCGUUAAAUUUUACAAUGGACUAAGGAACGUACAUUAUCGUGAACGUUUUAAUCAUGUAAGUGCAUGCGUACCCCAGCUAAGAUUCUUGUAUCCGAGUUGCUUGCUCUGGUUCGAUUCGUCGGUACUUUAUAGCGUAGAAUUCACUGUACAGUGCCGUUGUUUACAAAUACCUUUGAGCUGUUCCAUCCAAAAACAUCAACAGAACUUCCAUCUCGAAACAGAACUAGACGCAAAAAACUUACAAUGUAUGAAUGUUUGCGCCAUUCAUUCAACGGUCGCAAAUGUUUGUCUAGAUAUGUAAUGGUAUCUCUCAUGCAAAGGUGCCGACCAAUUAGAUUACAGCCUAGGAUGUCUCAAGGGAAUUAGCGAUAACAUUCCCACACUCGCUAGUCACGGAAUGAAAUUUAUUGAAAUCUUGAUUCAGAACACAUAGAAUUUGGAGGUUUAUUCAAUAAGUGAUCUUCCCUGCGCACAAGCUUACUCACAUUUGUUAGAGGUACAGUCAAAGUUUUCUCGUUAUAAAAGCGGGCGAAAAGCUGAUAUUUUCUGUUAUUACGGGGCGAGCGUCACGACAUUGUGACCAGUGACCCUGAAUGCGAAAAUAUUCAUGUUAGUCGAACGAUAACAUAAAACAUGACUGAAGGCUUGCGGCAUUAUUUUUUCAAUUCUGCUUCGCUUCUGGCGACGUGCUUUUGUCGCCAAAAAUUCCAAAGAGGAAAAACGAAGGAGUCGAAUGUGAAGAUUUAAAGAGCAUGAAAAGAUUAAAACAAGCAAGCUUGAGAAAAAGGAUUGACCUUUUUGUUGGUGAAGCCCGAUAUGCUGAUAGAAACAUUUUGAAGCGUCGUUAGGUAGUGUGCGUUUCUUUGACCAAUAUUGUUGGCUAUUGUAUUCAAAAUGAAUGCUCAAAUUCGACUGCUUGGUCCAUUCUUAGGAAGACUCGAAAACCGCAUCUUCUUUCCUGCGUGUGCUAAUUGUUUGGUUGCUGCCGUCUUCGCAUUUCAUAUAAUAGAACACUGGUAAUUUAUUCAUUCAAAUACGACUAAAUUAGCUUACUUUCCAGCAUACGAAAUGCAAUAUUGAAGUACAACAGAGCCGGUUGUUUAAACGCAUUAAAAAUCUGUUUAAACGCAUACAAAAUGCGUUUCCACGCUUUUCGACGAAGCCGAUUAAACGCGUUAGAACGUUGUUUUCUAAAUUCACCUUAAUCCCCCUUUUCCCAAAUAGGGUCACAUUUACUGAUCAAUCAGUUCAGAAGCUGAAUGAAAUUUUUCUUCCAUGAACAGGAAGCAGAGAGGAACAUGAAAAUUAAAGAUCACAUCAGGGAUACCUGCGUCACAGAGCUCGUUGACUCUAGGUUUCAGAUUCUGGUAGGUGGGAAUCUUGUAUUUUGGUACAACAAUGAGGUUGAGGUUUUGCUGACUGUUUUUUUAUUAUGUUUUGUAUGCAGAAAACAUAUGAAAAUAGUGUGUCAUCAAUAACAUGCCUUUGCCUGGACAUUAUUGGAGCAUAUAUUGAAUGGAUCGAUAUUGGCCUAAUUGCAAACGACAGGUUUAUCAGGUAAUGUUCAUUUUAAAAGGGGCAGAGUAAAGUUAAUGCAGACUGCGGACUGACUGUGGACUACGCGGAAUAAUAUUUUUAGGGUUAGAAAACAAUGGGACUUUUGGUGAAAGAAUGAAAGAUGGUAAAAUUUGAAUGUACACUCUGUAGUAUAAUUUAUGACCUCCCUCUCCAUGAGUUCUGCGUAGGUCAAGUGGAUAGAGUGCCCGCCCAGUGUUUGGGAGGUCAUAGGUUUGAAUCCUGUUGGGGACUCAGAUUUUUUCUUUGUCCCACGCUCGUGACAUGCUGAUUAUUUCAUUUUUUGUAAUGUUACUUUUGUUGUCACAUUGUCAUUUGUUUUGUGAAAACAAUAGUCAUCAGUCUGUGUUUCAUGCUGACUGAUGAUAAAAAUGUUUCCUUUGCUCUGUGUUAUUGUGUCCUUUCAAUUCUCAUAAAGUCAGUUUUUGCAAGUAGCCUUUCAGUGGUUAAGUUAACUGGCAGCUAAUAAUGUGGAAAAGCAUCAUUUCUCAUUGCUGAAAACUAUAAAAAGAGGAUUUUACUAUUAGCACAACCUUUGAUUUUGUGUCCUGCUUACAAAUUGAUAAUGUGUCUUUGUAGUACCUUUCUCCGGUACAUGUCAGUUGAAGUUCUUCGCGAGAGUGCUUGUGAUUGCAUACAUGAGAUUAUCAUGAAGGGAAUGGAGCCACUGGCAAAGAAAGAACUGGUGGAAUCUCUUCAGAGUGUUCUGGAGAAAAGCAGUAUCCUUGAACCACAAGAGUUACAUGAAUUCAUGUCUAAGCGUAACAUGUGUGUUGAAGAGUGUGAAUUCAAUACAUGGUUUCCUCCAUAUUCCCAGGGGUGAAUGGCUUAAUUUAAUUAUUUGUCAUUUGAAUCAUCACUUUUAGGAUGAAGAUGCUGACUUCAUGGCCAAGUUGGCAAAACUAAUGACUGCUUCAGGAUCGCAGCUUCUAAACAGCUACUCUAAGUAAGAGAUUAUUGAUUUGCAAGCAAAGUUUCAAACUGUGUUAAUUCUAGCAAGACAAUACUUCAGCGACUGAGAGUGGCAUUGUCAGGAAACGGAAAAUGUCAGACGCAAGUUGAUAAUUAAUUUUCUCAAAAUUGAAAACGUGCAGCAAAAAACAAGACAUAACUAAUGUGAAGCUACUAAGUUUGUGGUAGAAGUAGUAAACAGUACAGCACAACAUAGUUAGGGGCCGGGACAACUUGGUCACGUGGUACAAUUUUUCAGUGUCCCCAAUUAGAAAGGCACUGUGCCUGAGCUAUCAGACACGAGACUUUAAUAAAGUUCUGUCAUUUCUUGGUUCCCUCGUUAAAAAAGUCAUCCUUUUCAAAAUUUUCUUUCAGUUCUUCCUCCCCCCAACCUUAUACAAAGUUGAAACUUGGAAAAAAUUAUGCAUAGGCAUGUCCAACAUUGUUUGUGGGGUGAGGGGAGGUUUGGGCCUGUGUGAAUUGAAAAACGCCCCAGAAAUGCAAAAAGUAUCCCAAGACUUUUGUCCAUGAUUGAAGUAUUUCCUGGCUUUUCUGUCGGCUAAUCCAUCCUUUAUCCACUUGCUCUUUCCUUUAUGUCCUUGCACCCUCUGCCUGCCCUCAAUCUGUACCUACACUAGUACUCACUGCCUUUUGUUCCUCAAGUUAAAUGAUGGCCUUCAUGCAUAGUCCUAGCAUCAGCAUGACUCUUUUGGCAAGGAAAUGACAAUGGCCUUUCCUUUACUAACCCUAAUAGUGACACUUCACAGCCGUUUGGAGAGGGAAACAAUAAUAUUAUAAACCCCUUAAGCCCAAAUGUCCACAUAUAAAUUUUUGAGCCUGAUUUCUAUACGUUUCCUCACAACCUGUUAAAAUUAAUAACAAUUGAUCUCAGCAUUGUCCCCUUUAAUAGUGAUCAUUUUGGUAAUUCCAUAAACUCUUCCCUUGAUAAUGUAUUAAAAUAGUUAGGAGAAAAUUGAUGUUGAUCACUUGAGAGUCUAUGGGUUAAACUGACUGCACACAUUUGAUUUAUAAUAAUCAGAUUAUCUUGACAUUUUUAGGCUGCAGAAAGCUGGAGAGACAGAAGGUGCAGCCAAGUGCCUACAAUCGGCUGAAGAAAAACUACAGUAUCUUUUUAGGUAAAGUUAAUUACUUAAUUAAAAUUGUCUUUAUGGCAGUAACACAAUAACUGGUCACCCAGGAGUUUUUAUCGUGGUCCACAAUAUAACAAGAAAAGAAGCAAAUAGUUAUUGAAAUAAAUAUAAAAAGGUAAAGAAUCCCAACUGGCUGGAGGAAACCAGUUGGGUAUUGAGAAAUAACUGUAUAACAAGAUAAUAUAUAGCAAUGAAGAUUAACAGGUUUUUUUACCUUUUUUUUUUUUUGCCUUUAGAUUUUUAGACCAUGAAGAUGAUGAUGUUUCACAAAAUGUUUGUGGAUUUGGGUAUUCUUACUUAGCUGUCUUGAAACAGGUACAGUAAUCAGUGGGUAAUAUUUAUUGCCUCGCAACCCUUAUCUGUAAAUGCUGAGAUUGAAAAUCAAACAUAUGGGAAAAAGGCUGUUGCCUAACGGGUGCUUCACAGCGGUCAAACGAGUGAAAUUUGCAAAAGUUAAGCGAAAUACUUCAAAGUUAAGGUUGCUACUUUCACUAUCGAAAGUUUAAGGUAUUACCAACAUCCUGUUAGUUUACUAAACUUUUUAAAAGUUUACUAAAAAAGUUCUAAGUGAUUGAAAACCGACGCUGACGUUAUUAUCGGCGCCAUUUUCAAACAUGAUACUCUUUUAGCGCGAAGCGUUUUCAGCGAAAAAAGCUCAAAAUUUUGAGAAAAAUGGAAAGAUAGUUAUGUUGACUAACUGAUUUAUACAUCUUUGCCCAUUUUUCUCUAACUAGUAAAUGAAAUCCCUGCAAUAAAAAACAAAAAUAACGAUUGAGACGUUUGACCGCGGUGGUAACGGGUGCCUGGUGGCCAGAGGUGCCUACGAUUUACCCUCAGGUGACCAAAAUUUCAAACAGGAAGCCUGAACGGGCGCCUAAAACUUGAUUCUCAGGCUAACUUCUAGUGAACAAACAACAAAAUUCCCUGCUCAUUGUGCUACCCUUGUAGAACCAGACAUAUGCAAAACCUAUGCUCAUGCUAUUUGUUUACUAUGUUGGACUAUGUUUCAGCUAUGUUAUGUUCACUACUGCCUAUGUAUUAACUAUGUAACACACCAAACAACAUAGUCCAAAGUAUGCAAAAUCUAUGUUGAAACUAUGUUUAGGCUAUUUGAAAAGCACAUAGCUUUUGAAUACCUAUGCAAAUACUAUUCAAAAUCUCUUCAUAGUCUUGACAUAGCUAUGUAUUUACUAUGCAAUAGAAAGUUCUGCUUUUCCUUCCGAUUAGCAUCCUAUGUAUUCACUAUGCCUCAAAGUAAAAUAGCUUUUACAUAGCAUCUCGAUCUUCACUUUUAUUUCCAACAAGUUUCUUAGCUUUUACAUAGUGCUAUGUAUAUUCUAUGCUACGUGAUGAAACAUAUUUGCAGCCUAUGUAUUCACUAUGUGACAUUUUCAUUUAGCUUUAUCAUGAGAUAAAGGCUACAUAGCUUUUACGUAAACAUAUUUUUUCCUAUGUCACUCAUAUGAAAAAUAUAUGUAGUCUAUGCGUUUCCUAUGUGAUAUUCCAACAUAGCUUUUAAAUGACUCGGCAUGUUGAUGGUAGCGCUUACAGAAGGCUAAGCAUACUUCCAAAGUAAAAAGCAGUGUUUUAAACUAAAACACUGAAAAAUCAUGUACUAUAAUUUUUUUUGUGCUUGCAGAUAGUUUCUUAGUGAGAAGAUUUUUGUUAAGCAUUGAAUCGCUACAUCCAUCAUCCCUGUCUUAACUUUCCUUUCUAGCUUUUCCCUAGAGUUUCUUCACUUGAAAUGAUACUUCCAUGCAUCAUUUUCUUCUUUUACAUUGGGUUCGAUCUUUCGUCUUGAUUGUGGACGUCUCCUGAAUAUAACUGCAUGGUCAAAACUGCGAAACGCUAGCUGCAGUCCUCGGAAAAGUCCUCGGUGGGUGUUUGUCAGCCAUUUUGUUUCCACUAGUUCCCAGGGAAGCCCGUGAGUUCAACACAUGCGUAUGUUGCGUUUUAUCGUCACGUGGGCCUUUUCAACCAAUGAAAAGGUGUGAAAAUUGUCUGUUUCCACGCGGGCGCUUUCAAGUCAAAGAAGACGAGCUGUAAGCGUGCGUUUUUACAAGAAGACGCUUCUUUUUACUUCAAUUUCCAGUCUUUUUCCUGCCAGGUUCAACAAAAAGUAUUCCUAACGUUGGUAAGUGAUGUCUUUCUCAAUUAAGUUUCGAUUUGCCUGUAUUGUCUCCCCUUUUCGCGUAUCUGAACAAGCAUCGGUCACCUUCGAUCACGCUUUGAUACGGCUUACGGUAUUCCGCGAAACGAAACGAAACGAAACGAAACGAAAUGAAACGAAACGAAGCGAAACGAAACGAAAUGAAAAUUAAGAAGAUAUUACACAAGCAAAAGGGAACGAUGGCACUAAGAAUUAUUCCCGGCCUCUCUUCGAAAACUGUCCUCGCUAGAUGGCGGCAAAUUAUCUUGUUAGAUAAAGUGAAUACUGCCUUAUAGAUGCGACAAGAAAUUUGCCCUCUCGCUCGCUAGAUCCCUUGUUUCGCAAAAUACCAAUGGCGGCCGAUUGGUAAUCGACGAAACAAGGCUCGCAAACUAUUUUUAUAAGCGUUCUGCCUUCGAAAAUUAUCUUGUUAGAUAAAGUAAAUACUGCCUUAUAGAUGCGACAAGAAAUUUGCCCUCUCUUCGAAAACUGUUCCUGCUAGAUCCCUUGUUUCGCAAAAUACCAAUGGCGGCCGAUUGGUAAUCGACGAAACAAGGCUCGCAAACUAUUUUUAUAAGCGUUCUGCCUUCGAAAAUUAUCUUGUUAGAUAAAGUAAAUACUGCCUUAUAGAUGCGACAAGAAAUUUGCCCUCUCUUCGAAAACUGUUCUCGCUAGAUCCCUUGUUUCGCAAAAUACCAAUGGCGGCCGAUUGGUAAUCGACGAAACAAGGCUCGCAAACUAUUUUUAUAAGCGCUCUGCCUUCGAAAAUUAUCUUGUUAGAUAAAGUAAAUACUGCCUUAAAUUAUAGUUUUGGAGGAGAAAAUCAAAAAUCUAAAAUCAUACGAUUUUUUUAAACACUUAUCACUUUACUUUACCAAAUUCUUAGCUUUACUUGAAAAAUACUGAAAAAAAAAAAUAUCAUAGGAGUUGAUUUUAUAGGAAAUGUAUGGUCCCGGGGGGGGUCUUCAAAUUGUUAUAACUCGAGAAAUAUUUGUCAUAGCGAGUUACGGUUUUCGGUAUAUUAGUCCUCUAGUCAAGCUCUUUUAAAUGAUAUCUUUGGUGGUAUGAAAUUAGAAACUUUGUACCACGUGUUUUGUGGCGUCAUAAAUUAUGACGUCAGAAUUUGACAUUUUGACAUUUUUUUACCUUAUAAAUGAUUUGGACAACAACCCAAGCGAAUGUGCGAAGUUUGGUGAGGAAAUGUGCAAAAAAGCAAAAUUAGCCUUAAUGAUACAUUUUAGGGGUGGUUUGGCCCCGCCGUGGAUAAUGAUGAUGUCUACAUCUAUUCGUUUCUGUUUUGUUGCUUUCUCGCUCACCCUGUAAACACAAGAUAGAUUGAACGAAAGGUGGUUAAGGUUUUGAUUUCUACGAGCGACUAAUUGUGUAAAUCAUCAGCACAAAGGAAAGUGAAUUGUUCCCAGAGAAGAGCGAAACUGCAGCAAACGUCAAUUAGAGAAUUUUUUUGUCCUUCAGGAUGAGAAAAGCUUAUUACCAUUGACAGUAACAUUGUUUAAAUUUAACGGAGAUGUAGUCUUCUUGUAAAGAUCACAAUUUACUAUCUAUUUCGCGAUCAAUGUGUUAAUGUUGCUGAUUUUCUUGGUGUUUAUAUUAAUCAACAAAGUUCCCUAAUUGUCGCGACAAAAUAGGACAUGAUCAACCAACAUCAUGCAAUUAAAAGUGAUUGUUUUGUUGUUUAAUAGUGUUCGUAAGGCAGUAUUUGCUUUAUCUAACAAGACAGUUUUCGAGAACAAAUAAUUUGCGAGCCUUGUUUCGUCGACACCAAUCGGCCGCCAUUGGUAUUUUGCGAAACAAGGGAUCUAGCGAGAACAGUUUUCAAGAGAGGGCAAAUUUCUUGUCGCAUCUAUAAGGCAGUAUUUACUUUAUCUAACAAGAGCCUUGUUUCGUCGAUAACCAAUCCGCCGCCAUCUAGCGAGGACAGUUUUCGAAGAGAGGCCGGGAAUAAUUCUUAGUGCCAUCGUUCCCUUUUGCUUGUGUAAUAUCUUCUUAAUCAUUUCGUUUCGUUUCGUUUCGUUUCGUUUCAUUUCGUUUCAUUUCGUUUCGUUUCGUUUCGUUUCGUUUCGUUUCGUUUCGCGGAAUACCGUAAGCCCUUUGAUACUCCUUCGUUUCAAUUCUAAAACGUCAGGUUGUUUUUAUGUUCAUUUGCCUUAAAAUCUCCACUUUUCUGUUUGCAGAUACUUAUUCGUUGCAGUCAAAAGGAAACUGUAUGGCACUGAAGGGCACGACAUCAGCAAAAAGUCUACACGAUAAGCAAAUUAAGCAAACUUUAACUUGGGGUUUCGAUUCUGAAACCUCCAUGAAAAUACUGCAUUUGUGUUACUAUUAGUCUUCGUGAUAUUAUAUUGUCAUAGUUUUCAAUUUUUCGUUUCAAAACCUAUUUCUUACCAAUGUAAAAGGUAUUCUAAUUCAUAUGUUUAUACUAUUUUUACUAUUUUGGUGAUUUUUACGAACGUAUUUUAAACACUACAUUUGCUUAAACAGAUCGAAACCUACAUACAUAAGAGACUAUGUCAAUUCUAUGUAAUUUCUGUUUGAACUCUAGUUAAAGCCUGUGUAUGUGAUAUGUUUUACCUAUUCAAAUACUAUUAAAAUCCUAUUUCAAACCUAUGCAAAGACUAUUUGUUCUGUGUUUUCCCUAUUUUAAUGCUAUGCAAAGUAUAUGUCACCUUUAAAAAGGCUAUGUUUUUCAUAUGUUUUUACUAUUUCUAGGCUAUCUAAAUUCUAAGCAAACCCUAUUCAAAAGCUAUUUAAUCAACUGUUCCCUGUUACAUUUUACUAUGUAAACUCUAUUUCAGUCCUAUGUGAAGGCUAUUUAUUUUCUAUGAUUUUUCUAUGAGGUUGACUAUGACGUCUAAAAUCUCUUUCCACAAGCUAAGUAAACUGUAUGUAUAGGCUAUGUGGAAACUAUGUCAUUUCUUCCUUUAUUCCUACCUUUAAAAACUGCAUAGCUUUUAAGUAGGUUCCGUUUGACUAGCGAAAACAUAGCAUUUUCGAUACAAAAAACAUAGUCCUGGCAUAGAAACAACAUAGGAUCUGGUUAAAGCAAUGUAUGACUGAUUAACAUAGGUUUUACAUAGCUUUGUGACAUAGCAUUUGCAUAGAUUCUACAUAGUGUCUGAUUCUACAAGGGCUAUUUUCGAGUGGUGGAAAAUGCUGGUUUCUCAAAACUCAAAACUCAGUUUUCCUGUUUCAAAACUCGCCUUGUUUGAGUCUUGAUUGUUUUUCCGGUUUUGUCUUGUCAUGCAUUGCUCCUUAGCAUUGUGUGAUGGUCAAAAUCAGCUGUGAGGAAGACUUAGAUUUUGAGCCUUUGAAAGGGUUAGAUAGCUCCCUCUACUCUAAACACUGUCACUGAUCAUUGAAUAUUUGUUAACUAUUUGUUCCACGCAGAUUACAAAUCCAAGUGAACAGCAAAAGGCAAACUUAAGGGUAAGUAGUGGCUGUAGACACAUCUGCCUCACAAAUAAUUCUUUAGACCCCAAAAUUUUACUAAGUAAAUUUUGUCAUAAAUACACUUAUUUUUGUCUUGCAAGGUAAGCAAUAAUGUUGUUUUUAUCUCUGUUAUCCUCAUUUCUGUAGGGAAUGCUGCAUGUUGUUAUCAAGAAGAUGAAAUAUGAUGAGUCGUACAAUUUUGAACGGGAGGUAAUAAUAUAUAAUUUCCUAGUUAUUUCCACAUCCUGGCAGUAUUUCUAUACCUAGUCAAGAUGGAUGGAUAAUUAUACCGGUAUGUAAAAUCCUUGUAUACUACAUGUAUUAAGCUGUUCACUUUUGUGAUCUUUCCGUUUUUUGAUCUUUUCAGGGUGAAGACGAAGUCAUGUUCAUGGAAUACAGAAAAGAAAUGAAAAUUCUUUUUGACAACAUUGCUCAACUCGUAAUGAUUAGAUUUGUGUCUCUCCAUUUGACUUUUAAUCCCUAAAGCAUUUAAUAAAAGAAAUGAUUAUAUGUAAUCUCUUUGUUCUUAUUCUUGUAGGAUCCUGACCUGGUGUUAGUCUCAGUUCAUAACAGUUUGAAUUCAACAUUUGGGUGAGUGCAGGCCUGAGUCUUAGAUGAUCUGAGUCCUGCUUCCUCAAACUCAUUCUUUGGCAUGUCAGUUAAUUAACACUUUGCAAUGACAUUAAACUCAAUAGCCACAUACUGUAGUAAUAUUGUUGUACAACAUUGAAAUUUGAGCUAAUUGCACACCCCCAAUUUGUUUAUUUGGGGGGCUGAUUAGCAGAGUAUAAAACAGGAGAAGAUAUUGUGUUACAAGUAAUAUUGCACUUUAAUGUCUACAAACUUGGUGUAAAGCUUUUUAUCAUCUUACUUUAAAUCUUAAAAUAACCACAGCUUAGGAUUUUCUCAGUAUACUCAAACAACUAGAAUUUUGUUGAGAAUUAGGCAGUUUUAAUUCUUUUACUCUCUAAAAAAAAAUGAUGUUGAGAUAAAUGUUGCAGGAAGCUAAUUCCUCCCAUUUUUUGCCAGAAACAUAUAAAUUUAUUCUUAACUUGGUCUGUGCAGGAAAUUAGAUGAAGCAAAACUCAUGGAUGUUGAGAUAGCAGUGCGAGCUCUUUACAUGCUGGGUGAAGCAAUAUGUCGGCAAGGUUUUUUUAAAGUAAAUAGUGUAUUCAUUAGGCAUUGGAGAUUAGACAAAUUCGGUAUAGUAAGGUUCAAUAGCCUUUGACUAUUAAUUUUAAUUUAUUCAUGGAGCCUUUUUCAAGAUAUUCUCCUGUAAUGUCACACCUUUCUCCUUCUUACAGAACUGUUUAUAAAAUAUGAAAACCCCAUUUUUAGCUUAAAACUUCAAGGUGAGCUUAGCACCAGCAUUAACAUUUAGGUGUAUUCUUCCCUGGCCUGGAUGGAAGACAAGCCAAUUGCUUUUUUGUGGGCACAUACAGACCUGCAAACUCUCGAUCUCAUGAUUCUGCUGUGAGUCGCACAAUUUUUUAACUUUUCUCACGGCCUCACAACAAGGUCUCUUAAUCUCACAGUUUUUUGAGAAAUAUCAUUCUGAUAUGAAAUGUUACCUUGUUGAAUAAAAAAGGAAAUUUUGUGUGGAAUGCUAGUGCCUGUUGGAGCCUUGAUGGGGCUUUGUAACAUAAUUUAGCCAUGAAGGUGGCUUACUGGAAAAAAUGACUCUGCCAGAAGUUUUGUCCUAGUGAUGACCUAUUCUCUGGCCUCUUAAAGUCGAUCAAAGAAAAAGUGACAUCAAAUUUGCUACAGUGGGGACCCAACUAACACUGGGUUAUACAUAAAUUAACCGUUAACUCUUCCAAUGGAAGAAGGGUUUGUUUAAUCCUAACCGGGAAAAAAUAGAUUUUUUUCAUGAGUCUCCAGAUUUUCCUUUAUCAGGGGCCUGACGGGUCUGCACAUAACUGCCUAAUAUGGGGAUGGACAUGAGUGAGACUGUUAUGGGUCCCAAUUGCUAGGUGUUUUCCCUAGCUAUAUACUCAUUCCCACAACUCAUUGGACAUGAGUGAGACUAUUAUGGGUCCCAAUCGCUAGGUGUUUUCUCUAGCUACCGGUAUAUACUCAUUCCCACAACUCAUUGGACAUGAGUGAGACUAUUAUGGGUCCCAAUUGCUAGGUGUUUUCUCUAGCUAUAUACUCAUUUCCACAACUCAAUGGACAUGAGUGAGACUGUUAUGGGUCCCAAUUGCUAGGUGUUUUCCCUAGCUAUAUACUCAUUCCCACAACUCAAUGGACAUGAGUGAGACUGUUAUGGGUCCCAAUUGCUAGGUGUUUUCUCUAGCUAUAUACUCAUUCCCACAACUCAAUGGACAUGAGUGAGACUGUUAUGGGUCCCAAUUGCUAGGUGUUUUCCCUAGCUAUAUACUCAUUCCCACAACUCAAUGGACAUGAGUGAGACUGUUAUGGGUCCCAAUUGCUAGGUGUUUUCUCUAGCUAUAUACUCAUUCCCACAACUCAAUGGACAUGAGUGAGACUGUUAUGGGUCCCAAUUGCUAGGUGUUUUCUCUAGCUAUAUACUCAUUCCCACAACUCAUUGGACAUGAGUGAGACUAUUAUGGGUCCCAAUUGCUAGGUGUUUUCCCUAGCUAUAUACUCAUUCCCACAACUCAUUGGACAUGAGUGAGAUUAUUAUGGGUUCCAAUUGCUAGGUGUUUUCCCUAGCUAUAUACUCAUUCCCACAACUCAUUGGACAUGAGUGAGACUAUUAUGGGUCCCAAUUGCUAGGUGUUUUCCCUAGCUAUAUACUCAUUCCCACAACUCAUUGGACAUGAGUGAGACUAUUAUGGGUCCCAAUUGCUAGGUGUUUUCCCUAGCUAUAUACUCAUUCCCACAACUCAUUGAAGAUUAGGGAGCUUAAGCAACAACAAUGGCAACGGCUGCAAAAACGUCACUUAAAAAGUGAAGUUGCACUGCCUCAAACUUGAUCGCACUUAUUCCAUCUCGUUUAAGUCAUCAAUUGAAUUCUAAAGGACUGUAUCAAAGUUCAGGAAAAGAAAAAGAAAGUUGUUGUCUUGUGUUCCCUCAACGACGAUACAUGAAUUUGUGCACUUUCAGAUUUUAGUUGUGCAUGCAACGACAGCAGAGAAAUGUACAAAAAAGCAUGAUGCAUAUGCAAAGUUGUUGUUUUGCUAAUCUAAACCUAUUGCUUUUUUGCUGUUCUCAUUGCUGUCACUGUAAUCAUUCCUUCAGCUCCCUUAAUUCACACCAAUUCACUAGAGUGUCUGUGAUAACCUUUUUCAAAUUUUCAAUUAACAGACCCAACAAUUGUAUUCAGAUGCCUCCAAGUUUGCUGAUCUUCAACAAAUGAUGAGGUUG